CACGUGACUUUCAUGGAAUAUAAGUUAAAUAAAGCGUAAUAAUCGUGUUGCUCAGAAACACUGAUUUUGGUUGAAUAAAGUUGGUAACGUAUGAUUUGAGAAUUCGUACAUAACUUCUAAUUUUUAAAAUUUCCAAAAGCCAAAUAAUAGUUAAACAAUGUGCAGCAAAUUUGGAGAAGACACCACUGCAUUGGAGGUUGUGGAAGGCAUCAGCUUAAAAGGCUAUGAAGUAAUUGUUACCGGUGGAAAUUCUGGAAUUGGUGUUGAAACUCUUAGAGCUUUAGCUAAAGCUGGUGCCAGAUGUGUUCUUUGUACAAGAGAUUUGGAAAAAGGAAACCAAGUUGCUAAAGAACUGAUUGAAUCUACUGGAAAUGAUCAGAUCGAAGUGGAGCUACUCGAAUUGGACUCGUUAGAAAGUGUCGAUAACUUUGUUCAAAGAUUUCUAGCCAAAAAAAGACCGUUGAAUAUAUUGGUUAAUAACGCUGGAGUUAUGGCUUGUCCUAAAUCUUUUACCAAAAAUGGAUUUGAAGCACAAUUUGGUAUUAAUCAUUUGGGACAUUUUGCUUUGACUAUUGGACUUUUACCCGCGUUGAAAGAGGGCGCAAAACUUAUGAGCAACAAAUCUAGAGUAAUCAAUGUCAGUUCAACAGCGCAUGCGUAUUCAAACAUUGAUUUUAAUGACAUCCAUUUUACAAAAGGUAGAGAGUACGAAAGAUUUGUUUCGUAUGGGCAAUCAAAAACGUGCAAUUGUUUGUUUUCAUUGGCUUUAACAAAAAGGUUUUUCAAUGAUGGUAUUGCAUCGAAUUCAGUUAUGCCUGGAGUUAUCAUGACUAAUUUAGGGAGACAUCUAAGUAAAGAGGUUUGGAUUGAAAGAGGACUGAUUGAUGAAAACGGUAAAUUCCUAAAGAAAUUUAAGUCAAUUGAAGCGGGAGCCUCAACAUCCGUUUGGGCUGCUGUAUCUCCAGAAUUAGAAGGAAAAUCUGGACUGUAUCUAGAGAAUUGUUCUAUUGGCAAAGAAGAAUCAGACAUUAACAAGAUACGGGCUCAAACCUUGGGUUAUGCACCAUUUAUUAUGGAUGAUGAAGCUGCUGAUAAACUGUGGAACAUUUCAGAAGAGCUGUUGAGUAAAAGAACUCUCUAACAACAUUUGAUUUGCUAGUUGAUUUACCUGUCUAUUUAAAUUUAAUUUUAUAUUUCAGAUUGUAAAAAAAAUUAUUUUAAAUAUAGCAAAUAAAACUUU